CCAUCGACGGGCGGCGUUUGCAGUCAGUGCACAGCAUUUUCACACCGCCCAUCAUCCCAUCCUCCUCUUCACACAGCUUCGCCAAUAAUUCACAUCCGGAUUUCGUCUUCCUUGCCCAAGUGCACGGCUCAUUGCUUUGCUCGUCUUCCUGCGCAGAAACGCCGGGAACGCCGUCGCGCCGGAAGUCGCCGCCGCCCUUGCUCGACCGUGCUCCAGACGAUCGAGCGGCCAGCAUGCCGGACAGCAGCGGCGCGACCGUUUUCGACGACCUGCCGGAGUGGCUCGUCGUCGACGAGAUCCUCUUCCGGUUGCCGCCAAAGGACGUACUCCGCUGCCGCGCCGUCCGCAGGUCGUGGCGCAGCGGCACUUCCACCGACAAGUUCAUCCACGACCACCACCGCCGCCAGCCCUCGCUCCCCAUCAUCGAACACCACAAGGGCAUCUGCCACCUCCCCUAUCUCAGUGGCGCUGCUGCCGGUGUCUCCACUGAUAAAAAGAUACGGCUCUUCAUCCGGUACACCCCCGCUACCAUAGUCGACGUUAUACACCACGGCGCUUGUGACGGCCUCCUCAUCCUGUCGGAGCAAGCUGAUUUCUACAUCUGCAACCCGACCACCCACAGGUGUGCUUCUCUGCCACAUCCUCCACUACGACCAGGCUUCAGCACGGUCACCGUAGUCGCCUUCUACCGGCACCACACAUCUGGAGAACACCGGGUUCUCUGGGUGGUCAUGAGCCACGCCAGAGUUGAAUAUGAAUCGCCUGAUUACUUCGUCCUCACGGUGGGAUCAGACCAGCCAAGACUCAUCCAGUGGCUGAUAGCUUCUCCUGCCGCUGACUCCUCCACUUGCCCACCGGUGCAUCAUCGUGGUAGCCUGCACUGGCCAAUGGGCCUCAGCAUUACCGUAUUUGACACCGUAGCCGAGACAUUCCGCCAGAUGAGCCGUCCGGCACAGCUGGGCGAUAAUGAUAUGGUGGCAUUGCUGGACAUAGGUGGCGCCCUUGCUUUGUCAAGCACCACCCUUGAAUGCGUCACUCUAGAUGUUUGGGUCUUGCAGGACUAUGAUGCCGAGACCUGGGGCUUUCAGUUUCGGAUUAACUUGCGAGCUGUUGUGGCAGCGCCGCCGAUUGAUUUGCGUCUGAAAUAUGUCCCGAGGAUGGUUGCGAUCAACGAGCGCGAGCUGUUGAUCCAGGUGGGUUGGCGGCUGCUGCAUUGCGGAAUCGAUGGUACGUUCCUAGGAAAUGUUGAAAUCGAAGAGCAUGAAAACUACCUGACGCUUACUAAGCAUCGCCUCCAAGAGAGCAUGAUUUCGCUUCCGUUGUUUGAGACGCAACACGAAGAAGAGGCUGUGAACAAUGUGCCUCCAUUCCUCAUUGUGCUGUAAGAUGCCCUGCUCCAUCUUAUUGUCUUGGACUCCCCUUGUUUGAUGUGCAACACUGGAGCAGCUAUCUAUCUCAUAGUAUGAGACAUGUCUUUUCUUAUUAGUUUCUAGUACUACUAUUAGAACUGAACAAUUUGGAUGUCAGAAGCACUAGCACUUCCGAGUCAUCAUUUCGUGCUUGUUAUGAUAUCUUGUGGAUCAUGUUAUUGUUUUAAACAGAUGUAUUAUCUAUGCUAUUGAACUAUUCUACUCU